AUGUUUACAUCGAAGACAGGUGAAGACGCGCGCGAUCGAUCAUCCGAUGCGAUUCUGUGUGUUCUCUUGUAAGCUGACCGAGAGAGGUAUCCAACCUAACCGGAAAGUUUGUGGUGUUCUUGGCGACCGUGCUCAGCGGUUCAUUUUCUUUCCGUGCGCCACGGCCGAGGAAUGAGUUCCUAGGUCGAUCCAGGAAAGAGAGCUGUUUAUUGGGUUUCGUGGUGAUCUCGAUGUCAAGUCGUUCGCGAUGUUCCCCGAACUUGGAGACCUCAAAAACCAGGUCCUAUUCCACUCCUCGUCGGGACGAUCAUACCUCGAUGGAUUGAUCAACGAUCGGAAUUUCACCCAUGUAUUGCAAUUGAUCAUUCCGGGCGCAACUUCUAUACCGGCGAAUCUCAAAGAAAUCAUCAAGCCCUACUACCUCUUAAGACGCUUACGACUCGCAGAAAUAUUGAAUUUCGACUUCAUAUGCGCAUUCAUCAAAAACGGCAGUUUAUCUGUGAUAACAGCCUACAGUCCCGACAAGGGGAAUUCCAUGGCCAUAACACCCAGCGGGGUUCUGAUCCUCACACUUCGGAGCGACUUGUAUCAUCGACUGGGCAUCAACGGUUCGGAAGUCAACCCUCUGCCGCGAAAGAGAGGCUUCAAUCUUGACUUGAAGAAGGUCGAAGUAAAUCUGAGAGAUCCGAAGUUUUAUCCAGGCAGUAAGGUCUACGACCGCGUUCUCGACUGUGCCAGUCGAUGCGAUCUCAAGUACGACGUGCUCCUCUCCUGGGAGCCUCCGACACCUGAGAUCUCUCCUUUCUCGCCCAUGCAGUUCUUGAUCGAAAGAGUUACCGAUCUUGAGUGGAAAAAAUGCUCAUGCAGGUUCAAUUAUCAGCAGUCGUUCAAUAUAGACGUUCCGAACGACUUUGAUCAGAGUUUUUUCGACUGGACUGGGGUCAUCUCAGCCGGAGGAGACAUGAACAUACGGGACAGCAAUGCGCAGAUGAAUGUUAUUGCGGCGCAAUGGGCGGGAUUCAUUCCUCGUGCGAGUCUGCAGGCUCUAGCAGUCGCCGCUCGCCGUCUCGUCCCGGACGCACCCUUUGUUGUGAUCUCGUCGAUCGCGUUCCGGAGCGAUCCCACGGUGACCACUCUGGCGAGCUUCAACAACGAUUCUACGUUGACGAUUUGUUUCAAUAACCCAUCAACAUAUGUCGUCUAUUCCUGCCCCCCACUAUGAGAGGAUGUCCUUCAUGCAAUAAAAUUUGUGGAGCGGUCUUGGUGA